AUGGCCGCACCACAACGUCGUCGGGGAGGUUCCAUGCUGGAGGAGCUACUACCAAGUUUACUCAUCCUCAAGGGCCUGGAGUCUGGGGAUAUCUCGAAGAAAGACGCCGAGCUCAGUCGCGCGCUUCACGGGGUACAGCAUGAACGGCGGCCGAGAACGAUACCGCCCCGGAGGCCUCGUCGCGUAUCCAACGCAGUGGUGACGCAACGCAUCACCAACGGCAGGCCCUUUCGCUUCUUCGAACUACCGCAGGAAAUCAGGGACGAAGUCUACUCACACCUCGUCGUGCGCAGAACAUCGCGCUCUCUACCCAUACUCGAUGCCACGACCAUACUCAAUGACCGGAAGAAACGCCUGGCCGCACUCAAGUCACGGGAACGGCUGAACCAACGGCGACUUUCAACAGGAAAACGCCCAGUAUGUCCCCGAACAGCCGAAACAGAACCACUCCUGCACUUGGAACUUCUCCGUGCCUCUCAGAGACUAGCCGGCGAAGCAACAGACUGCAUGUACACCAACAACUGGUUUGCCAUCUCCCUCAACAAACUCCCCGUCCCGACCUACGACAUCCCACACGGCUGGGACCUGUCACGCGUCAAACGACUACAAGUUGAGCUCCAGCUAAAAGACGCUAUACGAAUGAACCGCUACGUCGACUGGGCUUCUUUCUUCUCCGCGUUGCCAUCACUACAGUUCCUCCGCAUCGUCCCAACCCUCCAUCCUCGGUACUACGAAUGGUCGCAUCCAGAAUUCCAUGAGUGGUCCACAACACCAUUCGUCCACAAGGCCUUCUUCAGAGAAUUACUAGCCGCGAUACCCGCCUAUGUAGAUCUGAAAAUCGGGCUUGCGAUGGACGAUGCGAGCGAUGACGUGCAGAUGCAAGGCGAAGUCUUUCUGCAUCGGAAGUAUCUUUGGGACAUGUAUGCGGAGUUGGGUAAUAGAGUUGAUGGCGCGGGGAGGCGGAUCGAAGUGGAGAGGAUUGUAUCAUAG